AUGGAUAAUUACUGCUCCAAGGGACCUGUCGGGACAAUCAAUCAUCUCGAUGUCGAUGGUACAAUCACCAAGGGUGGACAUUCUAGUCACAUUGUUGUUCAUGAAAGGAUUGCAUUUCUCAGAACUCCAGGUACACCAAUCGCACUGCUCCUGGCAACGAACCGUUCAUCACCCCGUACCCCUUCCAAGAAUCGAGGUAAGACUAUCACAGCAACCCAACAACAACUAGUCCACAAAUGCCAGCUCGGCAGUGACAAUAAAAAGCCAUUUCUACAACUCGUCAUUGCUGAAAUGGACAUUGGUAAUCGACAACCAUGCGGAUUGUCAAUGACUAGGACCAAGCCUCUAGAGCACUUGGACCUUAUGGAGCAGGUGUACUCUAGCGCAGCUGCGAUAGGGAAACAUGCAUGGACUCCAACUGAACUGCGUAAUGAUGAUGCUGACGCGGCCAAUGCCAACGGGGACAGCGGGAUUGGACCUCUCAGUGCUAGCACACCAUUACAUCCCGUCCAUGAUACUAUCAGCGAGAACGUGGUAGAUAGUUCCCUGUUCGACAAUGCUCCCCCGCAGUUAGCCGCUGACAGAUCAGCCAAUGCAAAACGUCGUGAGUAG